AUGGUUGCUUGGAAUCAUCUAAGAUUCAAUAGACCCUUAUUUGUAAAAUCUAAAAUUUAACUUGCAAGAGUUUACUUUGAACUUGGAAAUCAUUACGAGAGUCGAAAAUUAUUCAAAAAGAUAAAAUCAUAGAUUAAAACAGAGGAGGUUUUAUAAAACAACAAAAAUAUAAUACUUUAGUUUUACAUCGCCAAAUCAAAGUAUUUCUUAAGCCUCAGACUUUUCAAAAAGUAUUCAAAAUCGGUCAUUAAAAUGUGUGAUUUUAUUGAUGAAGAUAAAAACAUUUAAAUCAAAUAGGUUCAGAAAUUCUUAUAGCUAUCAAAUUUAAGUUCUAGUAUUAACCCUAAAGAAACAGAAGAAGUUCUAAAGAAAAAGCUUGAUAUGAACAAUUUGUAGGAAUAUUUUAAGACUGCCUUGCUCCCCUUUUUUUCAAUACACAUAGAAUCUUAAUUCUUAAAAUUAUUCUACUUGAAAAAAGAUCUCUCAUCAAUAUUCGCUUUUAGAACUUUAAUGGAGCUCAAAAAUAGAGUAAAUCAAUUAGAAGAGUAUAAAUUUAUAUAAGAUGGUUGCAACUUUAUUAAUCUCAAUUACAGGAUAUUAAAAACCAUUGAAUUAGUUUGUGGUGAUGACUAUAAACUUAAGAUUGAGGAGGCAGAAUAAGAAUUUAGUAAUAUAAUCAAUGAUUACAAGAACUAUCUUGAUAAUUUUGAAUUCUAAUAGAUUAUAAUUAAAGCUUCAAAAAUAAUUCUAGAUUUCACAUAAUUUGAGGCUCUUGAGGAUAUUUUAAGAGAUUUUGUUAUUGGUUAGAUAUUUGAAUUUAGAAGUGAAAACUACCCCCUCAGUAUCUAUAGUUGCUAUCCUAUAUUGGAUAUCGCUUAGACAGUACAUAUUUUAUCUAAAAGAGGUAUUUCUUUAAGUCUAUUUUGUUAAUAGGAAUUGAAAUUUAAGGCAUAGUAAUUUGAAGAUAUCUUUUUGGAAAAGUCAAUUGAAGUUUUUCCGGAAGAUUAUUUGAAUAAUGCGAAAGCUAAGUAGCGAAUUUAAGAACUUAAUUUAAAGAUUACUAACGAGUAACUUGACCUAAAGGACUAUAUAGUAAAGUUGGAAGAAAUUUUGACUUAAUUAUCAAAGGAUUAAUAUCACGGCUAAAGAGAUCACAUUUUUGAAUCUCUACUUUUCAUUAAGGUCAGAGAAGUUUUAAAUUCUUAAUAAAAUUUUCCUCCUGAAUAAAAGCAAGAAUAUGAAAUUUAUUAAUAGAGAAGAGUUUACUAUCAAUAAAGGAACACUAUAGACUACUACCAACAGGGCUCUGAUAAGACUAUAUUUGGCUUAAUGUCAAUGUUUGUGAAGAAUAAGCUGUUUGAAGAAUUUAAAUAAAUCACCUAUGACUUUAUAGAAAUCAAAGUUAAUCAAGCAAAAAUACAUGAUCUCGCAUAAAUGAUGCCUUAUGUAAUAGCAAUGAUAUAUGAGUUAGGAGAUACUAAAUUUUCUGUAGAGAUUAUUGAUAAAACACUCGAGCUUUUAAAGGCACUUCCUUUAAUUUUCUAUGCUGAUUAAAUCUUUAUGGAGAGAAUCUUGACGCUUUUAACAACGCUAAAGCUAUAUGAACUGGGCUUGAAUUAUUCAGAAUUAACUAUAGGUCUUUGUGACAGAUAUGAGUAGCCUGCUCAACCAAAUGACUAGGUCUAGAAAUUAAAGAAAAGAUUUCGGCUCUUUAAAUACUAAUGCUUACUUGAACUGGACAGAAGUAACUCUCGAUCAGAACUUAAAAAGAUUUAAGAAGACAUUAAUUAAAUUGAAACAGUUUUUGGAGAGGAUGGAGAUAUAUAAUCUAGAAUAGUUGAGAUAAAAUAAAGACUGCAUGUGUUAACUGAAAAAAGUGAUUAGGCCCUGUUACUGAAAGCUCUUGGCUUUGGAUUACUAGCAUCAGGGAUAGUAAUUACUGCUGUUGUUUAUUUUACUAAAAAGAGAAAUUGA